UCUUUAUUCACUUUGUUUUCUUUCCCUUUAAAAUCUCUCUCACACUCAGAAAAGUGUCACCCUUAUUUUCAGGCACUUCUCUCAAUUAAAAUAUAAGAAUUUUAGAAGAAGAAAAAAACCAUUUUAAAGUCUAAAAGACCUUCUCUUUCAACUAGAAGCCCCUGUAAGCCAUGUCUUCUUCCUUGUUACUACUUCUGCUCUCUCUUCUAUCACUCUUCCUCAAUGUCUCACUAGCAGACAAUCACACGGCUGUCGUCAUAACAAACUCAAACACUACGUCGCCACUUCCACCUCCUUCUCCACCUCCACGUCAUAACUUAACUUCCUCUUUCAUGCCCGGAAUCGCCGUUGUCAUCGCUGUCCUCACCGCGUUUUUCUCUCUCACUUUCUUGCUCCUCCUCUACGUCAAACACUGUAAACGACGAAACGACGGCGUUUACAGUAACCACCAGCAGCGUUUCGCAGUCUCUAGAUACGGAGGCAGUGGGUAUUACGCCGGUGGAGUCGUACUAGGGAGGAAAAAUUCCGGUAUAGACCGGUCCGUUAUCGAGUCUUUACCGGUUUUUCGGUUUGGUGCGUUGAGCGGUCAAAAGGAUGGUUUAGAGUGCGCCGUGUGUCUCGCUCGGUUCGAACCGACGGAAGUACUGAGGUUACUGCCGAAGUGUAAACACGCCUUCCACGUGGAGUGUGUUGACACGUGGCUCGACGCUCACUCCACUUGCCCGCUUUGCCGUUACCGGGUCGACCCGGAAGAUAUACUCUUGAUCGGUGACUGUAACUCCUGGUUCGAGCUCCGUUUCUCUACUAACCGUCAACAAGAAGAAUCUAACAGUACCGGUUUAACCCGGUUUAUUCCGGUUAUUAGUCGAAUCUCCGGUCGUCAUUCGUCAGCUGGCGAACGAGCGAGUCGUCGACUCAACGAGAUUAGAGCGUCAUCGACGUCGUCCAAAGCGAAGCCGGCGCCGUUUAGGAGAUCGCUCGAUAGCUCUUUGAAAGUUAAUAACUCCGGCGAGGAGAAAUCGGAAACCGUCUCCCUGAACUGUUUGGAUCGGUCACAGAGAAAAGACGGGUUGCUGUUGGUUCCGAAUCAGGAGAGAUUCGAGCACCGGAUAAUAAUCUCCGGCGGGAAUCGAGACGAUCAGAGGUGGAGCGAGGUGAGGCCGUCGGAUCUUUUGUAUCUACGGUCGGAGAUGAUACUAAGCGAAUGUAAGAAGUUAGCAGCGGCGGAGGGUGGCAGAGAUGUAAUCAACGGGAGAAGUGUAUCGGAGUUAACGAGUAUCGAGAGACGGAGGAGAUGGGGAGGAGAGCCGAGACAACGACAAGCCACGGCGGUGAUUUCGAGAUGGCUCGCUUGGUCCCAUCGUGCCUCCGCUUCCAGCAUUGUUUAAAAAUUUUAUUUAUAUUUUUUUGGCCCCUUUUAAUUUUGUCAUAUAACAUUUUUGGCCGGUGUAGUUUUGUUUGAUAACAAUUUAGCCCAAAAUUAAUUUAUUCGAGACAAUGCAACAAUGGCACAGGUAGGAGAUGCACGAGUGCGAGGAAGCACAAAUCAUUUCUUUUUUGUAUUUUAAUUUUUGAGGAAAUUAUAAGGAAAGUGAAAGGUUGAGUUUUUUUAUAUUAGUGUCUUGGUGUAAUAAAGGGCGAGUAUUAGGGAUCUGAUAACUGAGUUUAUUAAA